CCGAGCGGUUGCCUUUCUCCGCUGCUGUUGUGUUGUGUGUGUAAGAGUGCGCGCGAGUGUGUGGCAGUUCCUCUUGCCAGGAUCCACCGUUAUUUUGUGCAGUGAAAACAAUUGCAAGUGUGCAAGGGCAAUCCGUUUCUAGAUCACAACUAAUCACGCUGCCCUCGCUCGAAAAUCGGAAAUUUGAAAUCACAAGUCAUACUCCUUCGCGUGGACCGAGGUUCGCUCGUAACGCAAACGAAAACGAAACCGAAAACGACGAAAAAACGCGAUGCGAAUUAAAGCUUUGCGUGGCAAAAUGCGCUAACCGAAGCAACAAAACAAACCAACCAUCCUAAAAAAAAAUUAUAUAUAUAUGUAAAAAGCAGCACGUGAAGAAAGAAAAAUCCCGAAAAGCUGAAGAAAAUUGCGUAGAAAAUAAAUAAUAGAAAAGCAGGGGAAAUGCGAAUUUCGUUGGCCGAAAAAUAAAAACGAUUAUCAUCCAAACGAGUGUGAGUGAGUGAGAGUGAGUGUGUGUGCGGGGGCUAGCCCUAUAAAUAACACUGGGUCUGGCCGAACGCUAAUUACGGCAAAACAUGAAAAUCUUGGCGAAAACCGCAGCAACAACAAGUGAAGCCAAGGCGGCAAUUAAUCAAUUUUCCGCUUGACCCAUAAGGAAGUUUCCAUAUCAUAAUUAAAAGAAAACCCAGAAAACGAAGGAUAAAUCGCACGAAAGUAAGAGUAAAAGGUCAACCCAACGACACAUAUGGCAUAUCCUUGAGUUACACAAAAAUAAUAAAAAAAAUCCAUAAAAACAAGAAAUAUUAUAGCACACGUAUUAAAUCAAAAAUAUUGGCUCGGAAAGGACUGUGAAAGUUUCCAUAUCAACAUUAAACACAAGACACAUCAACUAUUAAAUCAGAAACUCAAAGAUAAAAACAAAAUUGCAUAAAAAAGUUACAAGAACAAACCCAUGAAAUUCUGUGAAAAUUAUUUAACUCAUCAUAUCAUAAACAGUAUAACUGAAGCACCCAUGAUAUUGCUAGUGGAAAACCAACGCUGGGCUUUAGCCUAGAACGCUCAACUAGAAGACUUGAACAGAAAGCCAGGAAAAUGCAUAUCAGGGGAGUAGCUUUCCUGAUCCUCGGCCUGCUGCCUGGACUAAUCCUGGGGAAUCGCUACAAUCAGCUGCACCUGUACGCGAAUGGAGGAGCAGGUGGUUCCCCCUCAUCGUCGAGCCCCGGGAGCUAUAGGUCCUCCCCCUCGUCCCAGAACGAAGUCUACUCCAUAGCGGAUAGCCAGCCGAUGACGGAGGACGGCUACAUGCCCUCCAGUCAGCACUUUCCACCCGCCCACUCCGACCUGGAUCCGCCCGCCCAACAGCAGAGCACCUGCCAAACGGUGUGCGCCUGCAAGUGGAAGGGCGGCAAGCAAACCGUGGAGUGCAUCGAUCGACACCUGAUCCAGAUACCCGAGCACAUCGAUCCCAACACCCAGGUGCUGGACAUGUCCGGGAACAAGCUGCAGACCCUGUCCAACGAGCAGUUCAUACGGGCCAAUCUGCUGAACCUGCAGAAGCUGUAUCUGCGGAACUGCAAGAUUGGCGAGAUCGAGAGGGAGACCUUCAAGGGGCUGACCAACCUGGUGGAGCUGGAUCUCUCGCACAACCUCCUGGUGACGGUGCCCAGCCUGGCCUUGGGCUACAUUUCCUCCCUGCGAGAACUCACCCUGGCCUCCAAUCACAUACACAAAAUCGAGAGCCAGGCCUUCGGAAACACACCCUCGCUGCACAAAUUGGAUCUCUCGCACUGCGAUAUUCAGACCAUCUCGGCUCAGGCCUUCGGUGGCCUCCAAGGACUGACGCUGCUCCGGCUGAAUGGGAAUAAGUUGAGCGAGCUGCUGCCCAAGACCAUUGAGACCUUGAGUCGGCUACAUGGCAUCGAACUGCACGACAAUCCCUGGCUCUGCGACUGCCGGUUGAGGGACACGAAACUUUGGCUGAUGCAACGGAAUAUCCCCUAUCCCGUCGCGCCUGUUUGCUCGGGAGGACCCGAAAGGAUUAUCGAUCGCAGCUUCGCGGAUCUCCAUGUGGACGAGUUCGCCUGCCGACCAGAGAUGCUGCCCAUUUCCCACUACGUGGAGACCGCCAUGGGGGAGAAUGCAUCGAUCACUUGCCGGGCGAGAGCGGUUCCCGCAGCGAACAUCAAUUGGUACUGGAACGGACGGCUUCUGGCAAACAACUCAGCCUUCACCGCCUACCAAAGGAUCCACAUGUUCGAGCAGGUGGAAGGCGGAUUCGAGAAGAGAUCCAAGCUGGUGCUGACCAACGCCCAGGAGACGGACUCCAGCGAGUUCUACUGCGUGGCCGAGAACCGGGCGGGCAUGGCCGAGGCCAACUUCACCCUGCACGUGAGCAUGAGGGCCGCGGGAAUGGCCUCCCUGGGAAGUGGCCAGAUCGUGGGCCUGAGUGCCGCCCUGGUGGCUCUGAUCGUCUUCGCCCUCGGGGUGGCCAUGUGCCUGCUGCUGCGGGUCAAGCGGCAGCCGUAUGUGGACAGCAAGACGCCCAAUCACAUGGAGGUGAUAACGUCGGUCAACCACCAGAACUCCAUUACGAACAAGACCCAGCCGGCCACGGGGAAUGGCAGCAUAGGAGGCGUGGUCAUUGCCAAUGGAGCGGUGGCCAACAUAAUCGACGGCGGAGUGGUGCAGGGCGGCACUCUGGAGCGGAAGAGCAGCGGUCGGGGAGUGCAGUCCCAUGCAGGACACGACCAGCGCAGUGCGAAUCCCGUGCAGAAGCCGCCGAGGCUGACGGAUCUGCCGUACUCCACGCAGGGCUAUGACAACAACGGCAGUGUCCUGUCGACUGCCUCCUGUUUCAUAUCCCCCACUGGAUCCACCGGAAACGGGGGCAACAACCCGGAUCUCAUCAACGACACCAAGCGAUUCGGAAGCGACGAGUUUGCCGAUCUCAAGAUCCCGCCCAUCAGUGGAGUUGGAGUGGGCGGCAGUGGGGAGUACAGUCGGGCCAAUGGCUGCGACUCCCUGUACCCCUCGGGACUCUGGGAGCACGGUGCUCCGGUGGGCGCCACCUCCGCGGAUGACCUCUUCAUGAAGCGCUACACGGACAAGACACCCAUCAUAGACUCCGCUCAUCUCUAUGACUUGCAUCAGCGAACGGCGACCACGGACUUCAACAAGACCUUCCCAAGGUCGCACCUGCAGCAGGGACUGAUGGGUGGCAAUGGCACUUCUGGAGGCGGAGGAGGAGGAACCUCCACAGCCUCGACGGUGACCACCAAUCUGUCGGGCGGCUCUUCGUCGGGCUACCCCAACGACUACGGCCUGCCCUUGGUGCCGGGGGCGGAGCACCAGCACAACCACCAGCUGCAGAUGCACCCCCUGCAGCAGCUCCAGCAGCAGCUGACCUCCACGCUGAACCACCAGAAGAGGGAGGGCAGCUCCACCGGCAGCAGUCCGCACUUCAGCAGCCGCACCCUGCCACGCCUGCACGAGGGGAGUGGCAGUGGCAGUGGCAGCUCCCGCGCCUCGCCCACGCCGGCGGUCAGCCACGCCCAGGCGAGCACCGGCGCCUCCAGUUCCUGCUCCAUCCUGCCCAACGGGCAGCCCAUCAACGCCAAGACGAUACGGGUGUGGCAGAAGGGAGGCGUGCCCGUCCUGCCGCCAGUUACGGCCCUGAAAAGGGCCCUGAUCAGCAGCAGCCGCAACUCGCCGGACGAGGGAUACCAGGAAGGAUGCGGCACGGAUGUGUAAGCCCGCGGAGGAAGGAAACGGAAUGGAAAGGAAAGGAAAGGAAACCAAACCAAGAACUGACUAAACUUAACACAGCAAAUAAGAUGUAACGACGGAGGGGGGAGGUAGCUCUUUUUAGGUUAACACUCAUAGAUAGCUCCGAGGUCCUAGGCGAGCAGCGAUUAUUGUGCAAGCGAACUGUUUGUGAUAGUGUCUGACAAAAAAGAUAAUGCGAAUGAAGAUAAUAAUUGCCCAAAGCAAAGAGAAAGCUAAAACGAAAUCAACUGCACUACACUAAAGUACACUCUCCUUGGCAAGUAACUCAACUAACUAAACUAAACUAAAUGUAAACGUAAACGUAAACUAAACUAAACUAAGAAAUGUACAGCAAACUUUCUUUAAAUACCAUGGCAAACUCUCAACUCCCCGCAUAACGUUAAAAAUAAUCCAAAAACAUACAUACAAGUGUAUGGAAAAGCAACCAUGUGAAUGUAACUAAAUCUAUGUAUAAAUAUAUAUAUAUAAAUAUAUGUAUGUGACUAUGUGUGUGCAUGAGUGUGUGUAAUUUCUUCGUUGUUCGGUCAAAAAUAAGUAAAUGGAACCUAAAACCAACAAAUCCUUCCUUCAAGAGUUAUAAUCAUAAAUCAGAGAAAAAACCAAACUUAUGGCUCAACAUUUGUAAAUUAUGCAUUUAGAUAUGUAGUAUAUGGUAAACAAACAGAAAAAUUAUAUAUAGAUCUUUGUAACUGGAUAUUUUACAUAGCCCAAAGACAAGAAAAACAACUCUGGAUCCGACUAUUGUUAAAAUCAUUCUAUUUCCCGUAGAUGCUGUGAAAUAAUGUUAAACUAAAGCAGACAUUUAUAGUUAGUCUUUCCUCAAUUUUGAUUUAACGAUAUAUAUUUUUAAUGGUUUAUUCCAUUUUUAAUUCAUUUAAAAGCUAAAACAGAAGUCAAGAAAAAAGUAAUCGCAAAGAAUCUCUAAAUGUUAAAACUUUUUUUCACAAACUAGACGUGGCUUAUCCAGCGGUUUAAAAAAAGAGAGAACAUAAUAUUUGAAAUAUGAUUCUUUUCAAUUAUAGUUUUAUUAUUGGUCUUAUGUUUAACAUCACCGUGUUACACUAAAAAUGUCCAUUAAUUGAAGAAUAUUUUUAUACAAAAUUUUACUGAGCUAAGUACUUAUUUUUUGGCCUUUAAAUUUUUCUUUCCAGCCAUUUUACAGAUUUCUCUUAGCGGAGUUAUUAAAAGAAAAGUGACCCUUCCUUAUUUCCCAAAUAUUAAAAAAAACGUUUAAAAUUUGUAAAUUGUAAACACCUUUUUUUUAAAUCGGUGACUGCUCUCUGUUAGAAAAAUAUUCUUCAAUUAAUGUAAAAUAAUAAAGGUUACUUAUUAUUUCACUGUUUAUUUAAGUCUAAUUUUUAAUCCAUUUCUAACAACAGAAGCUUUAUAUAAAUAGACCUGAAGUGCAUUUUCAGAGAAUGAAUUUUAACGCAAUUCGACCAUAAACAAAUGUUCUCGUAAGCAAAUUAAGACAGUUUACCCAAAAAUUCCUGAAUAAAUAUUGAUUUACUGCUAUCCAAAAAUUUUAUAUAAAUUUGAAAAAACAAUAUCAAAUGUUUCUAAAUUUCCCAAUAAAUUUAAAAGAAAGCAAUCUUGAAAGGAAAAAGGAAAUUAAACAAAAUAAAGCCUGUCGGCAGGCGAAAAACAAACAUAAAAAACCAAUCGAAGGAAAUUCAAAGUAAAGACAGAGGGAAAAUAUUCGUCAAAUGCAUACGUAAAUAAGCAUAUGUAAAUUGUACUGAAAGUGCACACACACACACUCGAAACACAUCACAGGCAAACACACACUCACACAUACACAUAGGCGUACACGUGUACAUGUAGAUUUAUGUCAGUUUGUCCUUGUAACGAUUUAAAGCGUAUCCACAAGAUAUUAAUUGCCCGUAUGUGCUAAGACCUAGAAUUUAAGGAGACAACAAAAACAAAAACCAGAAGAAAAACAAACAAAAUAAUAUUUUUAAGGUAAACCAAAGACUUUUUUCUUUGCCUCUAAAUGAGCGCAGGAGUCUUCAAAGGACUCCCGACAAACAGUAAGCACACACACAAUCACACACACACAAAUACAAAACACACACACACACACAACCGAAAGUAAUCUUAAACGAGAAAAAAAGAGCAAGAAAAAACCAUAGCAUUUAAGUUGAACUUAUGUAUUAUGUAUUGUAUAAUAUAAACCUACGUAUAGUAUAUAGUCUAUAGAUGUGUACACUUAUCAACAGAGCGGCAUAGCUAACAAGCGAGGGAAAGGGAAAUUGAGAGGGAGAGAUGGGAGAAAGUCGAGGGGGUGAAGAGGGGAGUAGAGAGCCCGCAGACAAAAGGCGGCAUUGAAUGCAUGAAAGCAACUGAAUGAACAACAAAGCAAAAAGGAAAUAUAUAUAACAUUAUAUAUAUCUAUAUAUAAACGAAAAACAUAAA